AUGGAUCUGACAAAGGAAAAAAAGGCAACUGGCGCGGUUUUGGCUGCGAAAUUUUUUACCCGGAGAAACGUAAACGUUGAGGCGGUGGCAAAGACCUUCAGACCAUUAUGGCGUACUAGAGGGAGUUUUGAGGUUUGUGAGGGCAUAGACAAUGUCCUCUUGUUCGAUUUUGAGAUGGAAGCAGAUGCGGAAAAGGUAAUGCAGGGACAACCUUGGGCGUUUGAUAGGCAUUUGGUGGUGGUGCAGCGGUACGAUGGGUCGAUACCGGUCCAAGAUAUAGAGUUUAAGACGACCACCUUCUGGAUUCAAAUUCAUAACCUUCCAUUUCAGUUGUUAACGGUGGAAGCGGCGGUGAGUAUCGGCGAGACUAUUGGAAGAGUUUUUAGGCCAAAGGAUUCUGGCGAGAUGAAGGGUGGGAAUUUUAUGAGGGUCAGAGUGGAGGUGGACAUAACCAAAGCGUUGUGUAGAGGGUGGAAAAUAUCAUGGGAUCAAUCAGGUGAAGGAUGGGCAGCGUUCAUGUAUGAACGGCUGCCAAACAUUUGCUACUGGUGCGGGCUUCUCUCCCAUGACGAUAAGGAUUGCUUGCUAUGGCUGAACAGUAAAGGCGCGCUAAGGGUCGAGGAACAACAAUUCGGACCUUGGCUUAGAGCUCCGCAGUUCAACCAUGGCAGGAAAUCAGUCGUUGAGGUGCAAGGUUUCGACCAACCACGACGGAUGAAGAUGUAG